AUGGCAGGAGGGGCCAGCUCGAGCGAGGACGAGAGGCCGUUGAGCAAGACGGUCGCCGGUCAGGGUCGAGCGAACGGCGAGUCGUCGAAAAAGCCAGCAUCGAAGCAAACGAAGAACGGAGAUGCCAAGGCGAAUGGCAAGGAGAAGAAGGGGAAAUCGGCAGCGCCAGCGCCGGGAUCGUCGGAUCUGAGCGAGGAGGAGGAGAAAUCGGCAGCGUCGUCCUCGUCGGAAGACGAGAAACCUCUAGCAAAAGUCGUCCCGAAGAAGAAACAACCCGCGGCUUCGGGCUCAAAAUCCAAGGCCGCCGUUGUAAAGAAGGCUGGGAAGAAGGGAGCCAAGAGCGAGAGCGAGGGUGAGGAAGAGGACGUGAAGCCGAAGGUUGGAAAGAACGGCAAGGCCACAACGACGGCGAAACGGGGAAAGAAGGCGAAAGAUGAGGACGAGGAGGAUGUGAAACCGGAUGUCAAGGCAAAGGGCAAGGGACGGGCUAAGAAGGAGGAAGAGGGUGACGAGGACGAGUUGUUCAAAUGGUGGGAAGCCGAGAACAACGACGGGUCUGUCAAGUGGACGACAUUGGAGCACAACGGGGUCAUGUUCCCGCCUGCCUAUGUGAGGUUACCAAGUAACAUCAAGAUGAAGUAUGACGGCACACCAUUGACGCUCGAUCCAGAGCCGGAAGAAGUGGCUGGUUUCUUUGCCGCCUUGCUCGAAACGGAACAUGCCGCCGACAAGACCUUCCAAGCCAACUUUUUCCGCGACUGGUUGAAACUCCUCAAAGAUCACCCGCCCGCUGAGGGGAUCAAGGUCAAGGAUUUCAACAAGUGCGAUUUCAGGCCAAUGUUCGAGUACUUUGAGCUGCAAAAGGAAAAGAAGAAGCAAAUGACCGCGGCAGAGAAGAAACAGGCGAAAGCCGAGCGGGAGGAGAUAGAGAAGCCUUACUUGAUUGCAACUAUCGACGGACGCAAGGAAAAGGUCGGGAAUUUCCGGGUCGAACCCCCCGGUCUGUUCAGGGGUCGAGGAGAGCACCCGAAAAAAGGAACAUUUAAGUAUCGAUUGAACCCCGAGGAUAUCGUUAUCAACAUCGCCGAGUCGGCUCCUGUGCCCGUACCCAACAUCCCGGGAUCGUGGAAAGAGGUCGUCCACGACAAUACCGUGACCUGGUUGGCGCACUGGAAGGAAAACGUCAAUGGGAAUUCGAAAUACGUCUUCCUGUCGGCGGGAAGUACAUGGAAGGGUCAGAGCGAUAGGCAAAAGUUUGAAAAGGCCAAGAAGCUCCAGCAAUACGUCGAUGUCAUCCGAAAAGACUAUACGGCCGAGUUGAAGAGCAAGAUCAUGGCCGACCGACAACGAGCGACGGCCAUGUACCUGAUCGACCGUCUGGCGCUCCGAGCGGGAAACGAGAAGGGAGAGGAGGAAGCCGAUACCGUCGGUUGUUGUUCCCUGCGACUAGAACACGUCACCUUGAUUCCGCCCUGCACCAUCGAGCUGCGAUUCUUGGGUAAAGAUAGUAUUAUGUACGAGCAGGAAGUCGAGGUCGACCCGCAGGUCUUCAAGAAUAUCAAGAUCUUCAAGGCCGACCCCAAGACGCCCGAGGAUGACUUGUUCGACCGCUUGACCACGUCCGGGCUGAACAAACACUUGGGCAGCUACAUGGAGGGCUUGACGGCCAAGGUCUUCCGUACCUACAACGCCUCGUACACCUUCCAGGACCAGCUCAAUCAGUUGACGCCCGCCAAGGGGACCGUCGCUGAAAAAAUUGCUGCUUACAACAAGGCGAACAAGGAGGUUGCCAUUCUGUGUAACCAUCAAAAGACAGUUAGCAGGACCCAUGGCGAUUCUAUGGCCAAGUUGGGUGACAAGCUUCUCGCCAUCAAAUAUCAACGAAUGCGGCUGCGGUACACGCUCUUCAACGUGGAUCCCAAGAUGAAAAAGAAGCACCCUGAGCUGGUCGAUCUCGAAUCAGAUCUCGAGGACGACUUUUUCCAGCGUCACGAAACGAGCCUGCUCGAGACCAACAUCGACAAGGCCAAGAAGAAGUUCGAAAAGGAAAACGCCAAAUUACAGGAAGAAGGACAGAAGCCUCAAAAGGAAAGUGUCCUGAACGAGCGAAUUGACAAGAUCAAGGAGGAAAAUGCCGAGAUGAUCAAGGAAAGAAAGGCAAAGAAGGUAGAAGCGCCAGCUCGAGGGGCCGAUGCCGACAAGAUCCUCGCCAACAUCAAGAAGCUUGAUGAUCGUAUCGAGACGUCAAAGGUGUCGAUCGAAGACCGAGAGAGCAACAAGACUGUCGCUCUGAGUACUUCGAAGAUCAACUAUAUCGACCCCCGUUUGACUGUCGCUUGGGCCAAGAAGUAUGAGGUACCGCUCGAGAAGCUAUUCUCCAAGACUCUUAUCCAGAAGUUCCCUUGGGCUAUCGCCGAGAUCGAGUCGGACCCCGACUGGAAGUUCUGA